CGUCUGUCGGGCGUGAGUCUUCUUCGCGCUCCGCGCCGUCGCCCCGCCCACACGCCGCCACCCUCGUGUCCGUCGUCGCUCCGCGCCUGCGCCCGUUGUCGCCCUGCUAGCUCCGGGUUCCGGGGCCGCGCUAUGUGGGCUGCGGCGGGCGGGCUGUGGCGCUUCCGCGCGGGUCUCCGGGCCCUGCUCCGUAGCCGUGAGGCUGCGCUGUUUCCGGGCUGCGAGCGGGGACUGCACUGCUCUGCUGUCUCCUGCAAGAACUGGCUCAAGAAAUUUGCCUCGAAAACCAAAAAAAAGUUUUGGUAUGAAAGUCCUUCCUUGGGCUCUCACUCGACUUACAAACCAUCCAAGUUGGAACUCCUCGUGAGGAGCACCUCAAAGAAAACCAGGAAGGAGGACCAUGUGCACCUGAGGGCCCUGAACGGCCUCCUCUAUAAGGCACUGACAGACCUGCUGUGUACCCCUGAAGUGAGUCAGGAGCUGUAUGACCUUAACGUGGAGCUCUCCAAGGUUUCCCUGACUCCAGACUUCUCAGCCUGCCGAGUGUACUGGAAGACAAUGCUGUCUGCUGAGCAGAACGCACACAUGGAGGCCGUCUUGCAGAGAAGUGCCGCGCACAUGAGGCACCUUUUGAUGUCCCAGCAGACCCUGAGGAAUGUGCCACCGAUAGUGUUUAUUCAAGACAAGGGAAAUGCAGCUCUAGCUGAGCUUGAUCAGUUACUGGCAGUCGCAGACUUUGGACCCCGGGAUGAAAGAGACGACUUUGUACAAAGUGAUUUCAGGGACCCUGAUGCCUCACAACCCUGCGGCACCACAGAGCCGGCCACAGGCUCCAGUCUGUGUGGGAUCGAUCAUGAGGCGCUCAACAAGCAGAUUAUGGAGUACAAAAGGAGGAAAGAUAAAGGGCUCGGGGGCCUGGUGUGGCAGGGGCAGGUGGCUGAGCUGACAACGCAGAUGAAAAAGGGAAGGAAGAGGGCCAAGCCCCGCCUGGAGCAGGACAGCUCCCUCAAGAGUUACCUGUCAGGCGAGGAGGUUGAAGAUGACCUGGACCUGGUUGGUGCCCCGGACACAGAGGAGUUGGAGGCAGAGAGAGGAGGUGGCAGAACAGAGGAUGGCCACAGCUGUGGAGCAAGCAGGGAGUAGAUGGAGAGGCGUCAGCUCUGCCCGUCCCAUGUUUGCAGGGAAAAGCAUUGGCACGCGACGCAGCAUGUGGCUUCAUUGAGACAGUUGAUGGAGUUAAAACCAUCUGCUCUUCUGCUACUUCAGCAUUUUCUAGCUUUUCUGUGUAUCCAAAGACAAUUUGCUACACAAGUCACUAUUUUUUUCCAUAUACUGUGUGUAAUUUAAAAAAUAAAGGGCCAUCUUACCACAGAUUCUCACAAAAAGAAAAUGGUAUAAUAGUGUCUCUGAGAUGCUAGUAUGGCCACCUCCACCUGCAGAGCCCUGCAGAGGGUCCCCAGGGCCUCCCAACCCCCUGGAGCUGCUGAGUCGGCACAUGGCACUGGGGGCUUUGUCCCUGACUGGCCUCUUUAGCACAGCUUUGUGCAGCAGGUUCCACCUUCUGUUUCAGGCCAAGGUUGGGCAGAAAGUGAGGUGGGUUUGCUGGGGCUUCCUGGGCGACCCUGGCUCUGACUGUGGUUCUGUCCAUGCCUGAAGUAGUAACACUUUUCCCUUGGUGCCUGUGGCCACCUAGUGUAUUUUCUAAUCCGUCCAAAGGUGAAACAGACUUGGUCUUUGCCUUCUGAAGAGUGUGCGACUCAGCCAUACUGAAUUCUUUGUGUCGCCUCCGACGCAAAGAUUCGUUUUGCUGUUUAUCAGAAGAGAAAACACAGAUUCUAUACCUUGUCAGCUACUAUUUAGUUCAGCUUCCCUCUUAAUGCCCCAGCCCCUGUCAGCUGUCAGGUUCUAAAUUCAGAAUUCUCUCAAUUCUGUCAGGUUCCGCACUAGGAGUCAGUGUCAUCCCUCUAAGCCCUGGCUUUCUGCCGCGGCAGCAGGACUGUGAGAAUCAAGACGGCACAGGGAAGGCAUCUGUCCCAGCAUUUGCACGUGACGGGUGCCCGCGGUGCAGAGCAGAAUCUGUGGAAGCAGCAGUGGCUUUAGUUGCUGUGCCCUGCCACAUCCUCCCCCAAAAGGAGAAAUGUCCAAGGGAUAGCAGACCUGCAGCAGUGAGCAGCCUGCCGUGGUGACCACUGGAUCCAGGCCACAUGCUGCAGACAGUGGCUGUGGGUGAGUGAUGAGGCCACUACCCAGAAAGCUGCAUGUGCACUGUGUGGGGUAAGGACAGCAGGAGAUGCUGCUGCAAGAUGCUGACUCCCUUGUUUUCCUUUUCAUUUGUGCUCUGGGACUAAACUGUGUAUAAGUCAUCAAAUGGCAGAAGCAAGAUUUUUCUUUUCAGAUCUAGGAAAUUAUUUGUUUAUACUCCACACUCUUAUUUCCUGCAUCAGGAUGGAGAGGCCACUGCCUCAGGCCAGUUAAACUAAGAUGGAAGAAUUUAAGACAAUUUGUAAGGAUAGAUAAAACCCCACAUGAUGGUAUGAGUAGGAGAGAGAGAAAAAGGGAGCCAGAAAUUAGGCUACAAAGUGUACACCACACAUAAAGGCUGAUGCCUCUAUUACACCGUGAGCCAAAUGUUUAGCUCCAGGGUUUCUGGUAGCCAGUUGCGGGGUGUCCAGUGAAGGGGUGUACCUGUCUGUGGUUAAUCAUAUAGGUCAGGAUAAUGAGGUGAUACUGCAGUGACAAACGGCAAAUCUCCCUGGCUUAGAGCAACCAGUUUGCUUCUUGUUCUUGCUAGGGGACCAUCAUGGGCUGAAGUCAGGCCAAGGCCUUUCGUAUCUGGUGUUACUGGAACAUGGCUAUGUGAAUUCAUUUAUGUACAAGAGACCCCCCCAUCCUGAUGUAGAAAACGCAUGGUGAUGAUUUACGAGCGCGACAUCCUAAAAAACGUUUUUGUGUUUCCCUAGCAAGAUAACGUCAGGUUACAAGGCUCUGGUACUUGACCAUGAUGACUCCAUGAGAAAACAGCAGAACGCCAGCUUUGCAGGUACCUCCACAGCACUGCCGGGCUGGGAACAGGGCCAGUGCUUGCGCCAGUGCUGGAGGGGGCCACAGCAGAGUAAAGACAGAGUCUGCCAUGCAGGAGUGCUUCGCGUUAACCUGCCCCCCAGCCCCCAACUUGGGAAAGGUGUUAAAGAAGGAGAGAACGCCCUCAGUGGUGUGUCCUUUGCAUACACACCUUUGCAUGCAUCUGAUGUGCCCAGGCUGUGUUUUAUUGUUCUAGCAAUUUAUUGUUACAAAACAGGUUGCUGCCAUCAAUUUGUCUCAGGUCCCUUCUAGCACAUCUGACAGGGACUAGUGUCUAGAGCCAUGAGAACAGAGACCAGAAGGGACGAAAAGGAGUGAGCAGAGGGAGUGGAAGGUAGAGUUAGGCCCAGAGAGCCCCAGGCUGCUGCCCAGACCUCCGUGCCUCGGCCGGAUGUGGUGGUGGCAUCCAUAGCAGUCUCGCAAAGUUGUUCUCAUUUUUCAAAUAAGGAAACUGAGGCCCAGGGAGAGGUGAAGUGUCUGCAGGGGAUCCAACCAGGCGUCAGCUCAGUGCCUCCUAGAAAGAGGAGUGUGGGCGCGUUUCAGAGAAAAUUGGCUUAGGCCUCUCUGUUUCUGGCAUGGCCUUCCCUGGGAGUGGGUUAGGGACACGGAAGCUCACCCCCUUCUGAAUGGGUCCACUCCUGGGGAUUUCCACGGCCUUCCCUAGAUGAUCCACUCCUGGGGAUUUUCUGCAGCUCCCUGGAUGACGUGCAUGCACACUAAACACCAAGAAGUUAGGGAGGCACUGAUCCAGUGAAGCCCUCAGAUCAACCUUGUGAGUUUUUUACAAGCACCUGUCACUGUUAAACUGCUGAUGAAAUGUGAAAUGACUUCACAGGUUUUCAAUCUGAUAAGCUCUCCUGUGUCACUGUCUCUUACCUUGUUAGUAUAGGUCAAUGGUUCUCAAAGUUCAGGGCACAUCCCCCGGGGGCUCAUAAAACCAGACUGUCGGCCACUUCAACCUUCUGGUUCGCUGUUCCUUGGUAAUGCAGAUGGCCCAGUAAGCAACUCUACAAACAUUGGAACAUUUUGAGGUAGACAGGGGAACUUAAUCACGCCUUGUAGGCCCCCAGAAGACUGGACCCAACAUCCAGCACAGUAACUGUCAGCCUUGGCUGCGCAUGUGAAACACCUGCUGUUUGAAGACACCUGGGCCUGGAGACGGGCCAGAGCCACCUUGGUGGUCUGAGUAUGAGGCCAGCAUUAGAACCUCUGCUCUACAGGUGACUUCCCUGGGUUGAUUUUUUUCCAUUGUUAUCUUUAGUACAGAAUCUCUAGCUCCUCUAGGGGCCUGAGACCCUCUCUUAGGAAUAGAAGUCCAGUUUCCUUCCCUACUCCAUUUGUCCAGAAGGAAAACCUGGUUUUACAUCAGAAACUUCAGGUACUUUGAAAAUUUCCCAGCUACCUUGAAGGAGAGAGAGCUUGAGUGUAUUUUGGGGGAAGAAUGAGGGGACAAAGGGGUAGGGAGAAGGGACAGAGCUAGAGGAAGGACAGGCCUGUGCCACCCAGGCCAGGAUAAGGGGAGCAGAGACCUUUCGGUUCCUGGCUUGUGACAUAGGAGGGGAGGGAACUGGGGAGGACAAGUCACGAUCAGUGUUUCCUGAUUAAAAUUUUUUAAAUUUAUUUUUAUUUGUAAUUAUCAUGGGCACAUAAUGGGUGUAUAUAUUUAUGGGGUACAUGAGAUGUUUUGAUACAGACAUGCAAUGUGAAAAAGCACAUCGUGGAGACUGGGGCACCCAUCCCCUCAAGCAUUUAUCCUUUGUGUCACAAACAAUCCAGUUAUAUUCUUGUAGUUAUUUUAAAAUGUGCAAUUAAAUUAUUAUUGACUACAGUCACCCUUCUGUGCUGCUGCUCUACUGUGGACUCAAAGAUCAUAAAUGCUGUGGACGCUGGCAAGAUACUGAAAUAAAUUAAUUCUGUAUUUCUAAAAA